CAUUACUCUUUCUAUUACCACUCCUAAACAGCUAACUAGCAUAGCUAAAACAUUGAGAAAACAUUUCUUCUUCUCUCAGCUACCCUCCGACUGGAUUCAAAUCCCAACUCGCAAAACAGAAAGUAAAACAAACUCAACUGACACUUUACAACCUCUUCCUGAGAUUCCAACAGAAAUCACAGAAUUAAGGAAAAUACUUAUAUCUUAUAGUAUCAAAUUAAAACUCCCAAUUCAGUCUCAAGAAGAAGUUACACCUACUAUGAAAGUGUUAAGACAACAAUUUUCAGUUAAAACAAUUCCUGUCUUUAUUCUGGAGCUUUCACCUUUACCAAAACCUAGUUGGACAAUCUUUAGCAAUGCUGUAGAUCAACCUCCAUCUUCUAGUACAGUUCAAUCACUAGCUAGCACACCCCUCAAAUAG